UUAGCUGACAUUAGCUGUUAUCCAAAAACAGCUUACAUGAAGUUACUUCAACAUGUUGGUAUCGGGUACAACCCACUAAUCCAGGGUAUAUUAUGGUAUGCCACUAAAAUGAUUAGUGUCAGUGUGGAAAAUUAAACAGAUAUUUUAAACUGCAAAAUAAAAGCAACAAGUCACAGAGGAGGGAUAAAUACAUUUCUUAUUUUAUCCUAUAAAACAAAACUGCGGGCACACUGACGCAAUAACCCAGGUCAAGUUAAUCGAGCUUCAGCAAAAAUAAGUGUCCCAGGCUUAAGAGUCGAACACCGAUCAUCCUGCUGAGCAAAAAUGGCGGGUGACAAGGAUCCUCUGAAACAGUUAAAAGACCUGACACGACUCAAGAAUCAGUUGGAGGAGAUCCAGAGACGAGUAGAGAGCGAGGUGUCUGUAGGAAUUCCUCAGGGAAGCUCGGUGUUGGGAUCUCCGUUUCUGAAGGGCUUUCUGGCCGGCUAUGUGGUGGCCAAGCUACGCUCCUCUGCCUUCCUGGGAGUGCUGCUGGGAACGAUCGCUGGCAUUUACUCGGCACAGAACUAUCAAGUGCCCAACAUUGAAAGGACCGUGAAAGAAUAUAUGAACAGCAUUAGAAAAGGACCAAAAUAAUCCGGGCUGACUAUUC